ACCCGAUCCGCCAUCCCACUCGCACCUCCUUACACACGACGCAUGCACGCACGCGCAAAUCAUACAUCUUUACUCGAAUUCGUCGCGCAACAGCUUGCUUCUAUUCCCGCGACUCGCAAUUGUUGGCUCCUGGAUCGCAAGUCUUUUCGCAAGUCCGUUGACUGCGAUUUGGCACCAGAACUACCACUGUUCAGCUCCCUCCGACCAUGUCGCAAGACACCGGCCUGUGGAGUGUGCGCAGACCAAGAGAGACAUUAGGAGGCAUUAACUACAACACCGGCCUACCUCAACCCGCAUCAGCGAUGAAGCGAUCCGCCUCAGGCGUCGGCGCAGGCGCGCCCUACUCAAACAGUCAUGGCCGAUCCAUGUCCGGCUCCAGACAAUCUCUGGCGUUAUCGCGACCUAGCCAGCCCAUGUUCCAGCGCUCAUCAUCCGGAACGAACUUGGCAGACAUUGGCCUGUCCUCGGUGAAGCGAACAUCAUCGAUGCGCGACAAGUCCUUUGCGCCGACCCCUGCGCCAGGACGAUCUUCACAAGACGAUAGAAGGAGCAGCGUGUACCGCGCAAGGACAUCAACCGCCGGACCCAUGAGCCACCAGAGUUUCUUCCAGCAAGCACCACAGCCUGCUGGCGUACCGCGAGACCCCCGCCCGCUGCGAGACAGAUCAUACCAGGCUAGAAUAGGCCAAGAGCUGCUGGAUUACCUCGCCCAAAAUAACUUCGAAAUGCAGAUGAAACACACUCUAUCGCAAAACAUCAUCAAGUCCCCUACGCAAAAGGAUUUCAACUUCAUGUUCCAAUGGCUGUACAGACGGAUUGACCCGAGCCACAAGUUCCAGAAGAACAUCGACCAAGAAGUGCCACCUAUUUUGAAGCAGCUGCGAUACCCAUACGAGAGAAGCAUUACAAAGAGUCAGAUUGCCGCUGUUGGUGGUCAGAACUGGAGCACUUUCCUGGGAUUGCUGCAUUGGAUGAUGCAGCUGGCGCAGAUGCUGGAUGGCUACGCCUGUAGCCGAUACGACGACGCUUGUCUCGAAAGCGGCAUCGACGUCACCGGAGAUCGCAUCAUUUUCGACUUUUUGAGCAAGGCAUAUAGGGAUUGGCUUGCCAUGGACGAGGACGCAGACGACGACGAUGCCAACCGAGCACUGGCCCCUCAUAUUGAAAGGAUGGCUGCCGCUUUCGAGCAGUCCAACUCCAAGUACACCUCCGAGCUUGAAAUGCUCGAGGCAGAGAACAGCCGACUUUUGCAAGAAAUUGAAGACCUUGAAAAGUCUACACCGGAUCCCGCGGUACUCGACAAUCACUUCAGGAUCAUGGAAGAGGACAAGAUCAAGUUCGAGGAGUACAAUGCGCUUGCCAUGCAGAGAUCCGACAAGUACGAAACUCGAAUCAACGUUCUACACGAGGAGCUUGAUAAGCUCAAUGAGGAGCUGAGAGAGGUAGAGGACGAACGACGAGGACUUCAAAAAGCUGUGGACGAUCUCGGCAUCAGCAUGCAGGAUAUCGACCGCAUGACUGCUGAGCGGGAACGUCUUCAGAAGGGAAUCGAGUCGGCAUCGCAAAGAUUGGAGGACGUCAAAAAGAAGGUCGCCGAAAAGGAGAUGGAGGCAAGCAGGAAACUGGAUGAACUCGAGAGAAUGGUUGACAGAUACAACACUUUGGCGUAUCAGAUUGCGCUUAUACCUGCAACCGCAGUCAAUGCCAACGGCAGAGACUACGAAUUACAAGUAACGGUCAACGAUGGGCCGGACUUCAGCUCUUCACAGCUGAAGGGCUCUAGCGGCGUUUCUUCGAGCGACCGAUUGCUUGCUGACCCCGUCACUGGUUACCAGGCGGCCCACAUUCUCAACCUCGACCUGCGCGGACAGGUCAAGAACAGCUUCCUCACGCUAAGGAAGGAGAUUUCUGAAAGGAGAACCAUUGCCAUGGACAACAUGAUGAAAGAUCAUGAUCUGCUUGAUGGCAUCAAGGAGGCAAUCGAAGACAAGCGUAACGAAGUUGAGGCUCUAGAGCAUCGUGUCCGCGCUGCUGAGGAAGAAUAUGAGAAAACCAAGGAGGUUACAACGACACAAAAGAUGGCGUCUGAUGCCCAGAUCGAAAAGAUGGAAAAGGAGCUCGCCAAGAUGCGAGCCACUUUGUCAGAGUCGGUACAGCUGAUGGAGCAACGUGAGAUGAAUACCAGCAUCGAAUACGAACAGCUUGUGCUUCGCGCCAACUCCCUGCGAGAAGAGCUACACACAGAGAUUGACCGCAUGCUCAACGAUGUCAUCAAGUUCAAGAUUCAUGUACAGAAGAACCUUGACGACUACGAGGGUUUCGUGGCCGAUGAGGUCCAGGCAGAAUUGGGCAGCGAGGAAAUGGGCGACGACACACGGAAUAUUAACAUGUGAGAUCUGCUUUGCAAGGUUCUUUGGGUGGCUUGAUGGACGCUUUCCUUUGCGAGGAUCGUCUAUUGGUUUUCUUGAUGAGCGUUCCGUUCGGGCGCAACUUUUAGUUCAGGGCUUGCUUUCGUUCUUGUUUCUCAGAUACCAUGAUGACGGAUAAUGACGGCGA